AUGAGCAAUAUUUCCUGUCCUCCUGAGGCCUGUUGCCUAGAUUAUGACUACUUCAGAAGAGAAAGAGGUUUCAUCUUAGAUGGUGUGGCCGUCGACUCCACCGCCAAGGGAUACAGCAAAGUCAAUCCCAAACUGUGCGAUGUUAUUCCGCCUUACAACGCCCAAGCUGAUCCUCACACUAAAUUCAACUUUCAUAGCAGGGAAAUGAAAAAGCUUCUCAAGAGGACCAACCAGGAUCAUGGUGGGACAUCGAGCAGUGGCUGGCUUGUGGACUAUUUUUAUAAAUAUGGACCAGCUCAAAGGUACAUCACCAAGAGAAAUAUAUAUGGAGCAGGUCACUCACGUGAUCAAAUAGUCGGUCACAGAGGAUUUUUGGCAAAUCUCAAACCAAUGGACGGAUACAACGGAAGGUUUGGAUUCAGAAGAAACACACCCACCCUGAGACAAAAUCCUUCCAUUUUCGGGGAGACUACCUGUCUCCCAUUGCAUUAGCACAUGUGCAAAG